UUUCUAUUCGUUUAUUUUUGUCUUUGUUCAUCUAUCACACUUGGUAGCACUUGAUCAUUUUUUUUUUUUUUUAAAAUAACUGAGGUAUUUGGGCCAUUACGUCCACUUGACUAAAUUAUCGGAAGAGACUAUCACAGUAACCCACUAUUGUGAUUCCCACUUAAAUUAUAGUUUGUUUUCGAAGAAUUGAACUCUGCCAUGUUGCAUGUGCAAGUAGCACUUGAUCAUGCGAUGUUUCUUGUAAGAUUGCAAUGGCUAGUAGUAACUAUCAGCUCGUUUGUCCACUCCUUUCCACUUCCCUUGUCCUCCUUGCAUUAGAAAAACCUUCCAACCCCCACUCAUACUUUUCUCCAUUUCUUUCUUUCUAUGCUGUCCUCUCCAACAUGUGAAUGGCACCCGCAAAACUAGAAAUCUUCAAUCACAGAAAGGAUCAUCCGUGUCCCCCCUCCGAAACAAACCCAUGAUCUUUUAAUGCCUUAUCUGGGAUUUCUCUUUCCAGUUUCUGAAAAAUAUUGAAUGAUUGGAUAGGCACUGCUCUUCCCAAAACCAGUUUAUGGGGUUUUGGUCCUGCUUCUCAUGGUGUACUGUUUAAAGAAAUAUGGACUGAGAGAAUCAGGCAAGCAAUUUGGGUAUUAAUAAUCUGAAUGGAAUAUACAGCUCCUUUUUGUGGGAUAUGCAGAUUAUAUAUUCUUUGUGUAUGAUGUAAGAAUUUGACUUUUGUGUAUCACAACUCAGACCCUCAUGUCUCAUGUGCUGUAAUCAUCCCCUCUAUCUUAUCUUAAUUGAAAGCAGAAAGUCAAUUUCUGGAGGUGUAAAAUUGGGUAGAAUUGGGUGAUAUGGAGAUUCAGAUAUAGAAGGGGAUUUUUUUUUUUUUUUUUAAUCUCUUUUGGGUGAGAGUGAUUUCUGUCAUGGAGGCUCCGGCGAGGCAGCAGAGCUUCCGGAGGAAGAAGAUGACGAAGCAGUUGACGGGGAAACGAGACGACACCCCUUUGCAUUCUUUAGCUAGAGCAGGGAAUUUGGAGGUGGCUUUGGAGAUAAUCACCAAUACUGGAGAUGAUGAGUUGAAGGAGUUGCUAUCCAAGCAGAAUCAAUCUGGGGAAACUGCCCUUUAUGUUGCUGCUGAGUACGGCUAUGUCCAUUUUGUGAAGGGAACGGUAAAAUAUUAUGAUCUUGCAUCUGCUGGUAUCAAAGCUAAGAAUGGAUUUGAUGCCUUCCACAUUGCUGCCAAGCAAGGGGACUUGGAGAUAUUAAAGAUACUCAUGGAAGCCCUUCCUGGUCUUGCAAUGACAUUUGAUCAGUCCAACACCACGGCGUUGCACUCUGCUGCAUCACAGGGCCAUAUCGAAGUGGUCAAUUUCCUGUUGGAAAACAGAAGCAACCUGGCCCCCGUAAUGAGGAACAACGGCAAAACUGCUUUGCAUUCUUCUGCAAGAAAUGGGCAUUUGGAGAUUGUGAAGGCCCUAUUGAGAAAAGAACCAGGAAUUGCGUCAAACAAGGAUAAGAAGGGGCAGACUGCUCUUCACAUGGCAGUUAAGGGGCAGAGUGUGGAGGUGGUUGAUGAGCUUAUUCAGAUAGAUCCUGAGUCGAUAAAUAUGGUUGACAGCAAGGGCAACACUCCACUCCACAUAGCGACUCGAAAAGGUCGUGCACAGAUUGUUCAGGCUCUACUGCAUCACGAUGGAAUCAACAAAGAAGCCAUUAACAGAUCCGGAGAAACUGCUCUUGACACCGCCAGUAAAAUGGGAUAUUCGGAAAUUGCAAGUAUCCUACAGCAGCAUGGAGUGGAAAGCGCAAAAUCCAGGAGACCAGGCCACACAACAAAUCCAGCCAGGGAACUCAAACAGACCGCAAGCGACAUAAAACAUGAAGUUCACAACCAGCUCGAGCACACUUUUCAAACGCGAACUCACGUAAAAGGUAUAGCCAAGAGGCUCAACAAAAUGCACGAGGAAGGGCUCAACAAUGCCAUCAACUCCACCACUGUAGUCGCCAUCCUAAUCGCCACCGUUACAUUCGCUGCCAUUUUCACCAUCCCUGGCCAGUACACCGAUGACCCCACUGACAUUCCUCCUGGAGUCUCCCUGGGAGAAGCAAGAGUCGCUGCUCAAGCACCGUUCACUAUAUUCUUCGUCUUUGAUUCACUUGCACUCUUCAUAUCCUUGGCCAUUGUGGUUGUUCAGACAUCAGUUGUGGUUGUGGAGAGGAAGGCUAAGAAGCAAAUGGUGGCGGUUAUUAACAAGCUCAUGUGGUUGGCUUGUGUCCUAGUGUCCGUGGCUUUCCUCGCCAUGUCAUAUAUUGUUGUGGGGAGUUCCGAAAGGUUGUUGGCGGGUGGAGUGAUUCUUACGGGCACAAUUGUCAUGGUGGUGACAUUGGGGACCAUGUGCUAUUGGGUGGUUAUGCACCGGAUUGAGUCUUAUACUUUGAGGAGCAUCCGUAGGUCGGAAAGGAGUAGCAAGUCACAAUCUUGGUCUGUUUCUGCAAUGGCUUCGGAUUCAGAGAUUAUGAGCAAUGAGUACAAGAAACUCUACGCAAUCUAAGGUCAAUAUGGCGCGUAUGCUUUUUGACCCCUUGGUUGGUUUCCAUUUCUAGAUAUAGUCAUGUGCUUUGUAGAUUUCCCCAAUGUGAAUGUACAUACUAUUGUACGAUGCUUUCAUCCUUUCUUAGGAGAAAGUAACAAUAAGUAUCGCGGUCCAUAAAGUGAGAACAGUAAUCUCUCUACCUAAGAAUUUAGCGAUUCUGUUGGCCUGUUUUCCAAAAUAUAUAUAUAUGCUUCUUACUAAA